UGCCCAAGUUGGAUACUCAAAUCACAAUAUUGUCCACUAUCCCUAGAUGCUCAGACCUGUCUUUUACACAUAAGGAAACAUUGAAAAACCCCUCUCUCUCUCUCUCUCCUCGCCAUCGUCGGCUCGCCGAAGAGAACAAACCAGCCAGGAAUACGUUAAGUACUUAGACAAGCAGAGACUCUCCUGUAACAGCCAAGAUGUCGCGGAAGGGUUUGAUGGAGCAAGACCUGAGUAAAUUGGAUGUAACAAAGUUACAUCCACUCUCCCCUGAAGUUAUAUCUCGCCAGGCUACCAUUAAUAUAGGCACUAUAGGUCAUGUCGCUCAUGGCAAGUCAACUGUUGUAAAAGCUAUUUCUGGUGUUCAGACUGUUCGUUUUAAAAAUGAGUUGGAGAGAAACAUUACCAUCAAGCUUGGAUAUGCUAAUGCAAAAAUAUACAAAUGUGAAGAUGAGCGGUGUGGUCGACCAAUGUGCUACAAGGCAUAUGGAAGCGGAAAGGAAGAUAGCCCUCUAUGUGAUGUUCCAGGAUUUGAAAACUGCAGGAUGAAAUUGUUGAGACAUGUAUCCUUUGUAGACUGCCCGGGUCAUGAUAUUCUUAUGGCUACCAUGCUUAAUGGAGCUGCAAUUAUGGAUGGAGCAUUACUUCUAAUUGCUGCUAAUGAAAGUUGCCCUCAGCCACAAACUUCUGAGCACUUGGCUGCUGUCGAAAUUAUGCGCCUUCAGCAUAUUAUAAUCCUUCAAAAUAAAGUUGAUCUCAUCCAAGAAAAUGUAGCCAUCAACCAGCAUGAAGCAAUAAAGAAAUUUAUUCAGGGAACAGUUGCUGAUAGUGCACCAGUUGUACCAAUAUCUGCUCAGUUAAAGUAUAAUAUUGAUGUUGUCUGUGAGUAUAUCGUGAAAAAGAUCCCCAUCCCAGAGAGGAAUUUUAUCUCGCCUCCUAAUAUGAUUGUAAUUCGUUCUUUCGACGUCAACAAGCCUGGAUUUGAGGUUGAUGAGAUAAGAGGUGGUGUGGCUGGUGGCAGCAUCCUUAGGGGUGUGCUGAAAGUGAAUCAAUUUAUCGAGGUUCGUCCUGGGAUUGUUGUCAAGGAUGAGAAUGGGAAUACCAAGUGUACUCCAAUAUAUUCCAGAAUCGUUUCAUUGUAUGCUGAGCAAAAUGAGCUGCAAUUUGCAGUGCCAGGGGGUCUAAUUGGUGUUGGUACGACAAUGGAUCCCACUUUGACACGUGCUGAUAGGUUGGUGGGUCAAGUUCUUGGGGAAGUUGGGUCACUCCCAGAAGUUUUUGUUGAGCUUGAGGUGAACUUCUUUCUUCUGAGACGGCUUCUGGGUGUAAGGACAAAAGGAUCUGAGAGGCAGGGAAAGGUCUCAAAGCUGGCAAAGGGGGAAAUGCUGAUGUUGAACAUUGGAUCCAUGUCUACAGGGGCUAGAGUUGUUGCUGUAAAGAAUGAUUUGGCGAAGUUGCAUUUAACAGCUCCGGUUUGCACCAGCAAAGGAGAGAAAAUUGCACUCAGUCGACGAGUUGAGAAGCAUUGGCGUCUGAUUGGGUGGGGACAGAUUCAAGCUGGAACUACCCUUGAAGUCCCACCAUCCCCAAUUUAAGUUGAUUCUGUAUCACACUAGAUAGAAAAGGCAACAACAGCAGAAAGACAGCAAAAAGCGUAGAGAAAGGAAAAUGUGGGAAGGCAGACAAUUAUUGGGAACCAUUUUUGUCAGAUGGAGAAGAAAACAUUAUUUGGAUAUUUAUUGUUGUUUUUAUCUUUUUGUAUUGCUUACGAUAUUUUGUGCUAAUUUCAUAUUCUUAAGAAGAGUUUUGGACUUCUUAAUUAA